CAGGUCAGAUUCGUGAACAUCCGGUUGCUGGCAACAAGAUGGUCGUGUAACUCCUGUCGACGAUCGAACGUUAUUCCUGUGGAAGCGAAAAAUCCCGAAAGGGGUACUUGUUAAUAAAUAGUUCGCGAAUAUUUUGCUAGCAAAAUGACCGCGAUUCCGGGCGCCGUGACCUUCGACGAAUAUGGAAGACCGUUCAUUAUUCUUCGUGACCAACACAAACAAAAACGAUUAACCGGCACCGAUGCUAUCAAGUCACACAUUAUGGCUGCACGUAAUGUGGCCAACAUCCUUAGAACUUCCUUGGGACCCAAGGGCCUGGACAAGUUGAUGAUCAGUUCUGAUGGAGAUGUUACAGUAACAAAUGAUGGUGCAACAAUUUUGAAGAACAUGGAUGUGGACCACGAAAUUGCCAAGCUGAUGGUUCAAUUGUCUCAAUCUCAAGACGAUGAGAUUGGAGAUGGUACAACUGGAGUAGUUGUAUUAGCUGGUGAUCUGCUGGAGCAGGCUGAACAAUUGUUGGAUAAAGGAAUUCAUCCGAUCAGAAUAGCAGAUGGUUUUGAAAUGGCAGCCAAAUGUGCUACUGACCAUUUGAAAACCAUUGCUGAUACCUUCGAAGGUAGCAACGAAAAUAGGGAGGCUUACAUCAAUAUUGCCAUGACUAGUCUUGGGUCAAAAAUCAUCAACAAAUGUCAUAGGCAGAUGGCAGAAAUAGCUGUGAAUGCUGUAUUCGCAGUUUUAGAUCCAGAAACAAGGGAUGUGAACUUUGAGUUGAUUAAGGUUGAAGGAAAAGUUGGAGGUAGAUUGGAAGAUACUAUUCUAGUUCAUGGGGUUGUUGUAGACAAGGACUUCAGUCAUCCUCAGAUGCCUAAGAAAUUGGAGGACGUAAAACUGGCGAUUCUAACAUGUCCGUUCGAACCGCCAAAACCAAAAACGAAACAUAAGUUGGACGUUACCUCCGUCGAUGACUACAGAGCUCUGCGGGAGUAUGAGCGGGAAAAGUUCACGGAAAUGGUGAAAAUGGUAAAGGAUGCAGGAACUACUCUUGCCAUUUGCCAAUGGGGUUUCGACGACGAGGCCAACCAUCUCCUUCUGCAGAAUAAGUUGCCCGCUGUUAGAUGGGUUGGUGGUCCUGAAAUCGAACUAAUUGCUAUCGCUACCGGUGGUCGUAUAGUUCCUCGAUUCGAAGAAUUAACGCCAGAAAAGCUUGGCCAUGCUGGUAUUGUCAAAGAAUUGACUUUUGGAACAACUAAAGACCGAAUGCUCAUCAUCGAGCAAUGCAAAAAUUCCCGGGCUGUGACCAUCUUUAUUCGCGGCGGUAAUAAGAUGAUCAUUGAGGAAGCAAAGCGAGCGAUCCACGACGCGCUUUGCACAGUUCGCAAUUUGAUAAAGGACCAAAAGAUUUUAUAUGGGGGUGGUGCAGCCGAAAUUUCUUGCGCCAUAGCUUGUGCUAAAGAGGCGAACAAAAUUAGCACGCUAGAGCAGUAUGCUUUCCGUGCUUUUGCCGAAGCUUUGGAAGCUGUUCCAUUGGCAUUAGCUGAGAACUCUGGUCUUUCCCCUGUGGACACCUUGGCUGAGGUCAAGGCCCGCCAGGUGAAAGAGGAGAAUUCCGCCCUUGGCAUCGAUUGUUUGAAUCGUGGUACUGCUGACAUGAAUGCCCAAAACGUGAUUGAGACCCUGACCAGCAAGUCUCAACAGAUCCUGCUGGCCACGCAACUGGUGAAGAUGAUCCUGAAGAUCGACGAUAUUCGGUCGCCGAAUGACGCGUCGGACGGAGCUUAACGAAAUUAAUUUACGCUUUGAGAAUUAAUUAUUACAGCAAAAGAAAAGAACUUAAUUAUAAUUAACUACGCUCUUCACCCUUCGGCUCUUGUCCCGAGCUUCAUUCACACUUCUAAUUUGGACGUUUAAUUUAGUUUGUCAAUUUUUCUAUCUUUUCUCGUCCGUUCGCCACAACGAUAAUUUAUAUAUAACUAUAUAGCUAUAUAAUUUUCAUAUAGCAAUGCGAAUAAAUCGUUUCACUUUUUACCAAUU